AUGGCCUCGCAUGACCAGAACCACGGCACGGCCUAUUGUCAGGGGGAUAUCAAACAUCGGAGCGUCAGCCCUUCACCUCACGGCCAACAGUAUCACGACCCCAACUCCGGCGGAUUAGGAGUUGACCCCUCCAUGGCCGCUUAUUCGACAAACCCCUCCUUUCACAAUCCUGACGGCAGCAUCGGUGGCACUGAAGCAUACGGAUACCCAAGCUACCUUGCUGGAGCACCCUCGACACAGACAUUAUCGCCGCCGACAGACCAGAGCUAUGCUCCAACCAUCAAUACCAACAACCUUCCGAUAUCGCAGUCGUUUGAGACAAGCCUGGUCAAUCAGCUCGAGCACUCUUCGACGGGACUCGGACCGAUGCAGGGCGACGAAAACUUCUCCAAUAUGCUCAACUCAAAUCACCCAGAAUUGGACUUUUCUCUCUACCAGAAUCACAGCCCCAACAGCACUUCCACCCCCGAGUACGAUUCUUCGUUAUUGCUAGACCCGCAAAUGCACCAGCGCCAGUCAAUCAACCAAGCAAUCAACCCUGCUGAUCUGGUCAGCCCCAUCUCCAAUACUUCAGUAUCUUCGCAUCCAUCAUCGCAAGAUCUGCAGCAUUCCUCACCUGGCCCCAUGUCCCCUCCAGGAUCCACACCAGGUACAUACUAUACCCCUCGGCAUUCACGACACACUUCCCUUGACCCAGCUACUGCCGCGUAUUUGAGCGCCCAGUCAGGUCCAGACUGGCAGUCGGUUAUGAAUAAUGUUUCCUUCCAGGGCCAUCGACGUGCACCGUCUGAGGUGUCUGAGGUAUCAUCGGCCAACCACUCCCCCUACUUGUCUCAGCACGAAUUCGAUGGCAUCGAGAACAAUGCAUCGCCUUCUUUGGCUCCCCAAAGUGAUCCAAGUCUUUACGACAAUGGCCUAGGCAUGGAAUCAUUCACGUUGUCAGAGCAGCAUCAGCAGGGGAUCAGUCCUCUCCACAGCCCGUAUAUCUCUCCGCGGUUGAUGCCACAGCAGGGGGGUGAGAUGGUGCCGAAUAAUUCGUAUCUCACUCAGUUCCCCUCGGCGCCGACCGACAUGUACGGAAUGCCCCAAGAGGACAUGAUGAACAUGGGCCAAUUGAAUAAUAUUCCGGGCGACAUUGGUCAAGCUUCACAGAUGGCUCCUCCAUCGAUCAAUGUUGAGUUUGCCCCGCCAUUGCGGAAUCCAAACUUCGAUCCAUCCAAAUCAACGGCAGAUUUUGACUCAUUGAGCCCUCCCGCUAUGCGAUCCCGUGUUCGUAGCAAAUCUGAUCCUUAUCACCCUGCUUCCCGCCCACGCUCUCCUGCAGCUUCAGCAACAUCUCUGGAGCCUCGCGCGCCUGCCACCCCACGAUCUUUGUCCCCUGUUGGAUCGGUUGGCUCUCACUCGCGCAGUAACCCCAGUUCGCGAGAUCCCUCGCCCUCCCGAUCAAACCGACGCCUCUCCACCUCAUCAAUCGAGAACCGGAACUACAUCCUAGAUCUCGCCGAUCCACAAAGACCCGGAGCAGCACCCGGGGAGCCAAAACGAAUCCAGAAACACCCAGCUACCUUCCAGUGCACCCUAUGUCCGAAACGCUUUACCCGCGCAUACAAUCUGCGAUCCCACCUCCGCACCCACACCGACGAACGACCAUUCGUAUGCACAGUAUGCGGCAAAGCAUUUGCACGGCAGCACGACCGCAAACGCCACGAAGGCCUCCAUUCCGGCGAAAAGAAAUUCGUCUGCCGCGGCGAGCUCUCCCGAAGCGGACAAUGGGGCUGUGGCCGCCGCUUCGCCCGUGCAGACGCUCUGGGCCGCCACUUCCGCUCCGAGGCGGGCCGGGUAUGCAUCAAGCCUCUUCUCGACGAGGAGUCGCAGGAGCGUGACCGUGUCUUGCUAGAGCACCAGCAGCAGCAGCAACAUUCGCCAUCCGGCCAUCUUCAGCCAAUCCCCCAGCCGCUUGUUAUGCCCAACAUGCCCGGCAUAGAUGGGCAAUCGACGGGCAACUUCGUUCUUCCUGCUGCUCUUCUGGCGCAAUACCCGGCUCUGCAAACAUUGCAGUGGGACCAGAUUUCGGCUGUGAGUGAUGAUCCGGGUGAGAUUGGUGGGCGGAGUAGCUUUGAUGCUAGCUCUGGUGGGGAGUUUGGCUUUGACGAGGAUGAUUCGGGGAUGGGUGGUGGUUAUGGUAGUAACCAGGGGAGUAUGUACGGUGUCAAUAACUCUGGUCAGAUGUUGGGGGUCAAUCCUGGGGACCCUGGGUACUCUGAUCAGAAGUGGACUGGAUGA